AUGCCUCCGAAGGUGGGAUGUUUCACGGUUAAGGUUAGGAAAUCCAGUGUAAAUAAAGACAUAAGCAUUUUAAAGCGUAUACCUGUAUUUUUCGGAGUCGGUGCUCUUAAUAUCUACAAAAAUGACGCUGUUUUUACUGUAACAUCCGUUAAAGAUUUAGUUUUGGUUGUAUUACCACAUUUUGAGUCUUACCCCUUAUUAACUCAAAAGUUGGGGGAUUUUUUAUUAUUUAAGCAAGUUGUUUUAAUGUUGGAAGCUAAAGAACACUCUAGCCUAGAGGGUGUUAUUAAAAUUAUAGGUAUAAAAUCUGCCAUAAACUUAGGACUUUCCGAGUCCUUGAUUAAUUCUUUCCCAGGUUUCGUAGACGGUGACGGUUGUUUCCAUAUAGUUACUCAGAAAACGGAGUCUAGCUCUAAAGUUUGGCUUGCUUUUCAAAUAACUCAGCAUUCUCGAGAUACUUUACUAAUGGAAAGCAUAGUAAAGUACUUGGGUUGUGGUAAGGUUUACAACAGAAAUUCUACACCUGCUUUGGGCGAAGCCCCAGAUUUUAGGGUAUAUAAUUUGGACACAGUUUCUUCUAAGAUUAUACCUUUUUUUCUAGAACAUAAGCUGCAAAGUGUUAAGUCCUUAGAUUUUGAUCUUUUCCGUGAAGCCUGUGUUUUACUUCUGAACGGUGAUCACCGUACGCCGUCAGGGCUAGAAAAGGUAAAUAACCUUAAGAGUAGAAUGAACAAGAGUUAUAAUACCGAGGCUGAAUCGGAACUUUUCAUUAAUUUAAGUAAUAGCACUAAAAUUAAUCUAAUCCGAAAUGUGAAUAUCCUUGUGGUCCAUCUAAAUCUCAAGGGUUUGUAA